UCGGAGCUAGCUGAGAGCGGAUCGCGAAGGACGGCUAGCGACGAGCCUGGGCCCGGAACUACGGAGCGGGAAUAUGUGGACAGCGCAAUAAAUCAGACAAAUACGCCGCUAGCGCAGCCCACAGGACCGAGGCCGAGCCGAUUGACACAGCCCAGAACAAGCAAGUCGAGAGCUCUCGAACGACUCCUGGCCGAUCCAAAUCGGGUACAGAGAAGUGGAGAUCGAGGCGAAAACAGGAAGGCGGGUCUUCCAAGUCAGAGCUCCCGAGGCGAAAGGACUGGCUCGUCUCUAACAUCCGUACCUGUGUUGCGUUGUGGGACGGAAAUCUAGUCGAUAUUCGAUGGCGCGCGUGAGACCCUCAUGUGCCCAUUUUCGGUGUGCAAUAAACGUCUACCCCCCUGUCGUGUCGUUUUCGCUACACUGGUGCCGUGACCAUUCGCGAUGGAGUUGACCCGGUUGGAGCAAUUUGCGGCCGGUGACGUGGAGGCGUGGCUCGAUGAGUUCGACGGAAUUGCGGCUUGCACGGGUGUGAGGGGGGAUGCAAAUUUGCUAAUUGCUUUGGGCACACGGUUGAGUGGACGAGCCAAGGCGGUGUAUCUGCUCACUCGAAAGGCCAAACCCGGCUGUUCGUUCGCUGAGAUGAGGGCUGCCUUGUGUGCAGAAUUUGGGAAGGAUCUGGAGAGAGAACGAGCACUGCAACGAUUUCACGCAGCCAGAUGGGACGAACAGGAGGAUUUGAUGGUGUUUUUCCAGCAGCUGGACAGACAUCUAACGAUUGGGCUCCCCGAGUUAGAGGGCAACGCAAGAGAGCGCCUACUGAAACAGCAGUUUAUCCGAAGUCUGCCCGAUCCACUCCGUGAUCAGGUGAAAUUGGCGUCGAUGGUGGGAGACAGCAAAGCGUUGGAUCUGGUGACGGUCGCCCAGAAUUUGUCGGAACGAGUGACAGUGAGAAGCAUCCAGCAUGCUGAGUUGGAACAGAAAGUAAAUCGCCUAUCCGAAAUGGUGGAGCAGCUGUUGUCGAUAGAGUCUUCAAGCACCACUUCACAACGCAAUGUACGGGUAAUCCGGAACGGUCGCCGCUGUUUCCGAUGCAACCAGAGUGGUCAUGUGGCGAGAUUCUGCACCAACGUCAAUGUGCCCCAUUGUUUCUCUCUAUCCAUGCCGAGUCGGUGGCGAGUACCAGUCCUCCAGGUAACUAUAGAAGGUGUGUCUGUCCGAGCCAUAGUAGACACAGGAGCGGCAGUGUCAAUUACGAAGAGGUUCAACGGGGUUCCAGUAAACCCAUCUUCAAUCACGAUGCAGACGGUCGGCGGGCAUUCUUUGAAAGUGACGGGCACGCAGCGGUUACGAAUCAGGAUAGGAGAAACGCUCAUCCGCCAUGACAUGUUCAUCGUGGAGGAGACGACCGAAACCAUCAUCGGAACCGACAUCCUGAAACGGCUCGGUGUCACAAUUGACCUGAAAAACGAUGUGGUGAUCGUGGCUAACGAUACGAUCGAGAUAGACAAGGGGAGAACCGACCGGGUUGGUGCCCUCAAAGCCGUGCCUGAUUGUCAGAACCGUGCAAUACGCAACGUACUGAGCAGGUAUGCCCACUUAUUCACAGACGCGGAAGAUGAUUACGGAUUUUGCAAUUGGGUUGAACACCGAAUACCGUUGAUCCCAGGAGGACAAUGCAAGCCAAUCUUCAGACGAAUUCCACAGAACACCCUGGUUGAGAUACAGAAGCAGGUGACCGAGAUGGAAUCGAAAGGAAUCAUCAGGCGAACGCACAGCCCGUAUUCAUCACCCGUGCUAUUGACGAAGAAGGCCGACGGAACCUAUCGAUUUUGCAUCGAUUUCAGAGAACUAAACAGGGUGACUGUGAAGGAUGCAUUCCCGAUGCCUCAGAUGGAAGAAAUUUUCUCAAGCCUUCACAGUGCCAAGCAGAUAUCUCUGAUUGAUCUCCGCUCGGGAUAUUGGCAACUGCCGAUCGCAGAAGAAGAUCGCCACAAGACGGCUUUCAGUGUCAAUGGCCAGCAGUAUGAGUUUUUGAGAAUGCCGUUUGGAUUGUGCAACGCCCCAGCUACAUUCAGGCGUUUGUUGCUGAUGGUCCUGGCGAACCUGCAAGGCGUGGUUGUUUAUGGUGAUGACAUCAUCGUCUUCUCUGAGACGGAACAGGAACAUGUGACCAGACUUGGAGCAGUACUGCAGAGACUGGACGAAGCUGGUCUGAAACUCAGUCGUAAAAAGUCGCAGAUUGCCCAAAAGUCAAUUGUAUGCUUGGGUCACAUCGUGGGCAAUGGUCAAGUCCAUCCACUUCCGGAGAAACGCGAGACGAUCAAGUGCUUCGCAAAACCAAAAUCCAAGCGUCAGCUCCGUUCGUUCUUGGGAGUGGUGGCAUAUGAUUCAAAGUUUGUGCCCCAGUUCGCAGAGAAGGUCAGCCCGUUGUUAAAGCUGCUUCGCAAGGACGUGCCGUUCGUGUGGACAGCUGAAGCGGAUCAAGCCUUUGACCAUCUAAAGGCAUGCAUAGCAGAAGCCCCGACAUGUCUACGGCUACCCAAUCCUGGUGAGAGGUUCACUGUGGCUGUCGACGCAAGCAACGUGGCAAUCGGUGCGGUUUUGUCUCAACCGGCUGGGGUGGUGGAGUACGCGAGCAGAGUGCUGACGGGGGCGGAACAGAAGUAUUCAACAACGGAGAAAGAAUGCUUGGCCAUCGUGUGGGCGUUAGAGAAGUGGAGAAAUUACUUACUGGCGAAUGAAUUCCGGGUCGUCACUGACCACAAACCGCUCUCGUGGUUGAUGACGGCGAAAGACCCGCGGGGACGGCUUGCGCGAUGGGCCUACCGAUUGCAGGAAUUCAACUUCACCAUUGAGCACGUGGAUGGAACGCAGAAUGUAUUGCCAGAUAUGUUGUCACGCCCGUGUUUGGACGACAUCAUGCCAGACAAUGCCAUACCGGUGCGUGCGAUCGCGAUGGGGGAGAGGAACCUGCUGGGAGAUCAAAGGACAGAUGAAUUCGUGAAUGUGUUGUGCUCUCACUUACAGGCUGGCACCAAACCGGAGGCCACAUCGGAAGAGGUGGAGGAACUCCUCAAGAUCUGGGACAGGUUGAAGGUCGAAAACGAUAACGUGGUGGUGGCGAUAGACGGACGGAAAGUGCCUUUUGUUCCACCAAAUCAGCGAGAACGUGUGAUGCGUAUAACUCAUGAUGGCGCCCAUAUGGGAUUCGAGCGGGUCUUUGAAUUGCUGCGGAGGCGAGUGUUUUGGCCAACCAUGAGGAAGGACGUCGCGGCAUACAUUCGGGGGUGCCCAAACUGCCAAACGAGUCGGGAGAUGGAGUCCCCGAGACCGCCGAUGCGAUCGAUGGAGGUUGGUGAGCCACUUCAGUGUUGGGGACUGGACGUCUUUGGGCCCUUACCAGUGAGUCGAACAGGAAACAGAUACAUUCUAGUGAUGAUUGACCACUUCACUCGAUGGGUGGAAGCCAUACCAAUCAAGGACCAAACAGGCGAGACAGUGUCGCAAGUAUUCGAAUUCAAUGUGCCUGCAAGGUAUGGGAUCCCACAGUGUAUCAUCACGGACCAAGGGCCCUGCUUCGAGUCAAAAGCGUUUAAGGCAGUGUUGGACAAGUGGGGCAUCCAGAGACGGCGAACUUCACCGUACCACCCACAAACCAACGGCAUGACCGAGCGGUUCAACCGGACAUUGAAGACGUGGAUGAACUGCACGAAGUUGGCAUGGGAAGAUGCUUUGCCUCAGGUUCUGAUCGCGUAUCGGACCAGCAUGCAAUCAACCACCAAGGUCGCGCCAUUCGAAUUACUGUUCGGCAGAGAACCACGGAUUGCGCUCGAUACUUGCCUACCGAACCAGGGUGAGCGGAAACAUCCAGCUGGGCAUCAAGAGCGACUGCGAGGGAAAGCUAGAAGCGAAACCAAAGCUCGACAAGCGCGGAAUAAGCGAAAUUACGACGCCAGGCAUGAAGCUCACAAGUGGAGGCCAUUCAGGAUUGGAGAACGAGUCAAGUUACGGAACAACGAUCGGCCGGAUCAUGACGGGCCGGGCGCAAGCAAGUUCAGAGAACGCUGGAAAGGCCCCUACACCAUUAUCGACCAGAAAGCGGGCAACUUCUUAAUCGACUGCGGAGGAAUGAAACGUUGGGUGAAUGCUGCUCUCCUGCGACCAUGGUACGAGAGGAAGAAAGGUCCUCGAGGAGGGGCGGGUGUAGAGGGGCCGCUUCCAAGAAUGCCUCGGGGAGCUCUUCGGAGCGAGCUGAGAGCGGAUCGAGAAGGACGGCUAGCGACGAGCCUGGGCCCGGAACUACGGAGCGGGAAUAUGUGGACAGCGCAAUAAAUCAGACAUAUACGCCGCUAGCGCAGCCCACAGGACCGACGCCGAGCCGAUUGACACAGCCCAGAACAAGCAAGUCGAGAGCUCUCGAACGACUCCUGGCCGAUCCAAAUCGGGUACAGAGAAGUGGGAUCGAGGCGAAAACAGGAAGGCGGAUCUUCCAAGUCAGAGCUCCCGAGGCGAAAGGACUGGCUCGUCUCUAACAUCCGUACCUGUGUUGCGUUGUGGGACGGAAAUCUAGUCGAUAUUCGAUGGCGCGCGUGAGACCCUCAUGUGCCCAUUUUCGGUGUGCAAUAAACGUCUACCCCCCU